AAAAGUUCGAGCUUGUUCAUCAUAACGUUGCCGGGAUUCGAACCAAACACCUUCAGUGUCACAGGCAAGCACACUAUACCGCCUCCGCCAUAGAGGCCGUCAAUUGAAGAUGGCUAGUAUCACAAUGACUGUUCGAGGUUAGAUCUCAACAACUAAAUAUUAUCAGAUUCAAAAUGGCGGAAUCGCAGCCGGAUUGCCAGUUACGCCGAAGACGAUCUUCCGGAAACCCUAACCUACCUCUUCACCUCGAUGUGGGCUACCAGAUAGACGAGGGAGGCCCCAGCCAAGGGACCCCGUCUCCCAGCAACAAAUGCCCGCCCAGCUCUCGCCGGACCUCGCAAGCAUUACGGGAUUUCAAAAAUAAACAGCAAUCGUUUGAUAUACAAAUAAUACAAGUCGAAGAAUGUGAAGAAGAAGAAAUAACGAUUGACAGUGACGAUGAGGGUGAAGAUAACGCAAUCGCUAACGCCGACCGUCCCGUGACCCCAACGCCAAUACAAGACUUCGGAGCCAAUGUCGUGUACGUCGAAGGUCCUCAGGUCUCAGACUUCUUGAAAGUGAAUGCAAUUGAACAAGACGGCUACACGGAUGUCUCAGACGCAGAUAGCGAAGAGGAGACCGACCAAUAAACAGGAACUGAAGAAAUAGUAUGGCAAAUUUCGGUUAUCCAAAACUGAAAUCUGCUUAUAAAUUAACGAGACAUCAUGACGUCUCUGUCAGUUUAAUUGAUACCAAACAAAUCUAUUUAGGUAUAAAUCGAAAAUGUAAGAACCAGUACAUUACAUUAUAAUUUAGCAGACUCCUCUCACGUUAGUAAAAGUAAGAUACAUAGGGGAUGUCUUUUACUAACGUGAGAGGUACGGUGCUUAAAAUAAUAAAAAAUACGUAAAAGCCUGGAUUUACACGAUAUUUCUGAGAGGAACUUUUUGCCGUCGAAUUGUCACUGAACGCCACUAGACGGAGCGCUUUAAACAUUCUAAGUAGAAACCGUCCCGCUUAGCAUGCGUAUUUUUGCAGGGGGAAAGUACCAGCCAAUUCUCAUUUUCUAUUAUUCUUUGGGGGCCAAAAUCUGUCAUAAAUCGUCUUGAUACUUUUAAUUGUCGAUGACUCUUUAGGCCCAUACAGAAAAAAGUACACCUACAUUUCGUAUCCUUUCUUUACCUUGCCUUAUCGAUCUUCAGUCCGCCAAGCGAGCGUUUAUGGCU